UUUACAUUUCUGUUGUAAUAAAACAUAUAUAUCUCUAUUAAUGCAUCAAGAGAAAUUCCUGAAGAUUUCUACAUUAUUUUUUAUGUUUUUCAGGAAUCUUCUGCUGUUACAACACAGAAUAAACUCAGACAUGACAGUUUCUUACACCCUUGAAGUGGCCAAUGCGAGAUUUGGUGGCUUCUCCAGGCUCCUGUUCCGGUGGAAGGGAAGCAUCUACAGGCUGCUUUACAAAGAGCUUCUGGUGUUCUGUGGGGUUUAUCUGUUUUUCAGUGUGUUUUACAGGUUCAUGCUCACAUCAAAGCAGCAGGAUCUGUUUGAGCGCAUCGCCCUUUACUGCGACCAGUUCACCAACACCAACUUCAUCCCAGUUCUGUUUGUACUGGGUUUUUAUGUGACCCUGGCCUUUAACCGCUGGUGGGGUCAGUACACCAGCUUCCCCCUGCCUGAUAACCUGAUGAUGGUGGUGUCUGGGAACGUCCACGGGGCGGACGAGAGGGGUCGUCUGCUGCGCCGAACACUCAUGAGAUACGCCAACUUAUCUUCAGUCCUCAUUCUACGCUCCAUUAGCACAAGAGUUCACAAGCGUUUCCCAACUUUGGAGCACAUAGUGGAGGCUGGAUUUAUGACGACACACGAGCUGAAACAUUUUGAGUCGCUACACUCGGAUUUCAACAAGUACUGGAUGCCUCUGACUUGGUUCUCAAAUCUGGCGUCCAAAGCGAGAGAGGAGGGUCGGGUGAGGGAUGACAUCGCUCUGAGACUGCUGAUGGAUGAGCUGAAUAACUACAGAGCCAAGUGCAGCCUCCUGUUCCACUAUGACUGGAUAAGCAUCCCUCUGGUCUACACGCAGGUGGUCACUAUAGCAGUUUACUCUUUCUUUGCCUUCUGCGUGAUUGGACGACAAUUUCUGAACCCUGAGAAGGGCUACAAGAACCACAACCUGGACCUGUACGUCCCUGUUUUCACCCUGAUGCAGUUCUUCUUUUACACUGGCUGGCUCAAGGUGGGGGAGCUGAUCAUCAAUCCGUUUGGCGAGGACGAUGACGACUUUGAAACCAACCAGCUGAUUGACCGAAACAUUCAGGUGUCGAUGCUGGCUGUAGAUGAUAUGUACCAGAACCUGGCUCCAAUUGUGAAGGACAAGCACUGGGCCCAGAGGCAUUUCUCCAUCCCUUACACUCUGUCCACAGCAGCAGAGACUCUCAGACCGGCCUUUAAAGGCUCCACCUUUGACAUGAGGAUGAGUGUGGAGGACCUGGAGAUUCACCAGCCUGCAGACACUCCUGGGAAGAAACAGUAUUUACCUCUUAAGGGCUCGUUGGGCGAUGGUCUCGACAGUCUUCUGCAGAGGGGCAAAGGUAUCCUGCGAGGUGGGAGCCUCCCCUCUCUGGUGGAUGUCUCAUCACACCCAAAUGAGGAAGAUGAUGCCGAUGCUUCGCCUGAUUAUGACAUCAAUGCCACCAACCACAAAGAAAGGACAUUCAUUAAAGUUGUAGUGGAAUAAAACUAGUGAAAAUUAUUCAUGAACCAGGAAUGUUUUAUUAUGACUCAUAUUGUAUUUGAAUUAAUAAGGAACGGACCAAAAACAGACAAUUUUAUGUACAUAUAAACAUAUUUUAAAUACGGCAAAUGGAUAAAUAAAUAUAUAUAGUUGUGUACUUUAAGGCAAAUGUAUACAAAAUCAAACUAAACAACUAAGAAUGGAAAUGAUAAAUUAAAAAACAGGCAUUUCCACUUAAAAACUUUAAAACAAGAAUGAUUUGAACAACUUUUAUUGUAUAAAAUUAUAUAAAUUGUGAAAUAAAAUGAAAAUGAAUGUGA